UGUCAAGACUCAGUUGCAUGUUGCUAAGCUGUUGCAGCGCCGCUCCCGGGUCUUCCAGUGCCGGCAUCGCCCCCGUGGACGGCUGCUUGUGAAGUGGUGGCUGAGUGCAUAGCGAGUGGGAAGUUUUCUAUUUUUUUAUAAGUGUUCAAACAGAUCAACCAUGACAACUGAACGCAGGCUUCUUUGUUUGGCAACAUACAUGUGCCCGAGCCUCCCGGUGGAGUAUUAUGAAUUCCUGGCAGACUACCUAGAAACGGAACUCAACCUGAGGACAGUGCUUCUCUACGACUCUCGGAGGCCAGGACCAGACAGCCAGCGAGGGGAUGACGAGAGGGUUGACAUGGCAUUUGUACGAACUUCAACAUACAUUGAUAAGUUUCGGUCUUCCAAUAAGUUCAAGUUGCUCCCUGCAAGUGCUGCAACAAAACACCCUGUGAAAGGAGAAGUUCACGGUUACUUCGCGGACAUCGUUGUUCAUAGGGAUGUCAGAGAUAGAGUUAAGGAAUUCCUAGAUCUGCGAGGUUGCAAGUAUGCAUAUGCGAGUGAAAAUUCUAUCAGCAGUGCCAGACAAGUUCUUCUUACCCUGAAGCAGAUGGGAGAAAAUGCGUCAUUCUUUUCUGAUAUUCAGGCAUCAGGUAACCACAUGAAUUCGCUGGAGAUGGUAGUAGCAAAGAAAGCUGAGGCAACGGCCGUGGAUUCCAUUGCCCUAACCAACUACCUGAGCCGCUUUUAUUACCAGGAGUCAGAGCUGCAUCUUCAGGAGUCUUGGGGACCUCUGCCUCCUCAUCCUAUACUGGUUAACACAAAGCUGCCAGAUGAAAUGCAAGGCCAGAUUGAAAGGGCUUUACUGGAAUUGCAUAAUAAACGAGAGUGGGCGAAGCAGCUUGCCGUUUUUGGAAUCACAAGAUUUUGCAAGACUUCAUCUGAGAAUUACUUCCAGGCCAUAGAACUGAUGGAAAAUACCCAGUCUCUUUCAUUAGGUGUUACCUAUUACUGAAAGUCUUCCAAUAGGUUUUAAAAGAAAUCACUUCAGGUAUCCUAUUUUUCAGUCCAGAGAAUGUCCCUUGUUAUAAGCUGCAAGAUAAAAGAAUAUUUUGAUAUGAUUUUCUGCUCCAUUUUGAUAUUAUUAUUGCAGCCAUUUGAUAGCAUUAAAAAAAAUAUAUAUGUAUUGACUAUAAAAAAAUAUACAUAAAGAUGACAUGAACACAGCCACAAUAAAAAAAAAAGGAAUGAUAAAUUACAAUAUAUUGAAUCAGACCAAACUUACAAGAGAGACUUUAGAGAGGCUUUAUUGUUUGACGAGUCUGUGUCACUUGGAAUGUCACGACCUCACUUAUACUUAUAUUUGUAUAGUAUACAUUUUUGUAUUUUUUAUAUCAUAGUUCUUUAUUUUUUUGGCAAGUAGUAAAUGUUCCAAAAGAACAUUUUAAGUAAUAUAAUGCCAUUAUUAAAAGACUGUGGGUCAUUUGUCAUAAAGGAUUGUCAUGUCAACUUGCAUUGUUUGUCCAGAUAAGAAAAAUCUUUUAAUAAA